AUGACUUCGUUUUUGUUUGUUGUUAAGAUUCCAGUUCACGAGGAUGAACGACCGUCAAAGUCGGCGUCUGAAGAAAAGUCGGACGAUGACAGUAGCGAGAAGGAGACUAAGAACGAAGAUGAUAAAUCAAACGAAAAAUUAGAUGUGACAGACGACGAAGAACACGCGGAUCUUGACAGUGAUAACUUGACUAAGACAGAAAAAGUCAAGGAAGACGAGUUAAAGGAGCAGAAACCGAAAGUAGAGGAAACGCAGGACGAUGAUGAUUGGGACUUUGGGGACGAAGACACAAAUAAGGAACUAGGCGAUACAACAGGAGCACAGGGUAAAACUAGUGACAAUGAGGAUGUGACACAAAAACAAGAAAAAGACAAGAUAUUGUGUGAAAAUGAAGGCGGCAAGGCUGAGAGUACUAAUAAGGCAGAUCCAGGGCAAUCUUCUAAUGGGAAUGAGACCUUAGACCAGAAUAAAACGGUGACAGAAGAGAACACAACACAGAAUGUUUCAUUUGCAGAUGUUUUAAAAGCUGCCAUCAGCCGUGAGAAUAACAAUGAAGAAAAAGAUUCAGAACAGAUACCUUUAAACCCUGAACAGCAAUGUGAGGCAACAGUACAGAAUAACACAGACAUUUCAGCUGCAGAGGCAGUGGGAUCUAAUGAUAGUAAAACAGAAAAUAACAAUAUUGAAAAGGAGAAAGAACUCCUGGAAGAAAAGUCAGUAGAACCACAUGAGAAUGGAGAUGUUAACAAGGGGGAAGGAGGGGAGGAUGGAGAACAAAGCACAGCACCGCCAAAAAAGAAAUUUCAAGUCGAGAAAGCAGCAGAGGACAGUCUCCAACUGGAUGAAGCUUUAAGUAGACAGAAUCAGAUUGAGGACACCGUUAAACACUUAGAGAAGUCGGAAUCUGUCCCGCCCCUCAGGCUCCACGAGAAACUCCCCGUCCCAGCAUCCCUGUCUGACGACAGACUCUCGGAGGUGGAAAACGUUAACUUUCAGACUGUCAGCUUUCUAGAUGAGGAACCACUGGUAGAGACAGUGAAGGCCAUUGUAGAAUCCUUCUCUAUUGAUAACUUCUCUGUUCAAAAGACAGAAAAUGGAGAAUUCUAUCAGGUAAUUUUUCUGGAUGAAGGAGGUGAACGUUGUGAAUCGAUCUUGAAUCAGCUUGCAAAACAGAAGAUAGGUGACAGGCCAGGGACAUCU